AAUGUUAAAAAACGAGGAUCAAAUACUUGGACCAAAUGAAUUGGAGGCAACAUGAGAAACAGAGAAAAAUUAGGAGAUCAAAGCCAACUAGUCAAGCUCAAGGCCUAACCUACAGUUAAUCUUAUCCAUGUAAAUGCUCUCUUUUACUUGAACAAGGUCAAGAAAACAUUGUGGCUCCACUGAUCAGUAAUUAAGCUCCCAUUCCAAACACACUCUCUCUCUCUCCCUCCCUCCCUCUCUCUCUCUGACAAUUGUGUGGCUAGGCUCGGUGAACAAAUGGAUAAAUUCCAUUUGCCAUCACUUGAGUGAAUGCUAAUGCAUAACAAAAGUAGAAAUUUUGCAAGUCACAGGAAGGCUGUGUUCUUUUGCUUGUGACUUUGUUUCGCUUCUUUACGUCACUAGGAAAGAUGUAUCGUCUACCAGUAAAAAGCAAUCUAGUUGAUUCAGGUUCAAACACAACCAAGAAAGGUUUUGGAGACAAUAACCAACCCCUUUGUCCAAAACCCCGCCGGCUUGGACCAGCUUUACCGGAAUUUCUCAAGCCCUUCAGAUGUAGCAAGCAUUGCCAGCCAAUUACUGAAGAAAGAAGUGGAAUUCUGAGCCUUGUUGCUGAUAAGGCAAUUGAUGGUGGAGAAACCAUGUGCACAGGGUGCUCACCAUGUUGUUACUCAGGAUCUCCUCCGGGAAGAACUGAUAAUCCAUUGGUUCAUGAUGUUCAGUUCAUUCAUCAAAUGGAGCUUCUUUCACCAUUUACAAGAACCAAACUCACUGAUAAAUUUGGCUUCACCUCUACCUCUCCAAUAUGAGAGAGUUUUGGGAUGGUUGUCCAAAGAAUGAGAUCGUCCUUCAAAUGGGAUUUUUUCGCUCCACUAGUACUAUUUUUUGUGGUGUUGAUUAGUACAAGCAUAAGUUAUUUUGUUCUUGUUAUCUCCCCCCAUCUAUGCCGUGCGGCUCUCCUCUGUAAAUAGAAUGAGAUGAAAAGGAGCCACUUGUAUCUUGUACAUAUUGCUUGAUCAAAAGAUGAAGCCUUUUUGGAUGUGGAUUUUCUAUUUCGUUUCAUGAAGAAAAAGAAAGAAAAAAGAACUGCAUUUA